UUUCGAUUUUGCCUCCCCACUCCAUUGUCGACGGUCACGGCGGCAAGGCCACCGCCGCCAAGUGGAAGACGGCUCGACACCUACUUCCUCCGCCUCCCAGAUUCCCGCGGCACCAUCUUCGCACGCCUCGCCGCCGGACGCUCCCCCGAGCCCCUCCCGUCGGAGCACGCCACCUCCAAGAUCACUCGGAUUCCUGGGGUGCUGAUCGCGGAGGAAGGAGAAGAUGGGCAGCGUGGACAAGUUCAGAUUCUGCAUUGAUCGGGGCGGCACGUUCACCGACAUCUACGCCGAGGUCCCCGGCAAGCCGGAAGGCUAUGUUAUGAAGCUCCUCUCCGUCGACCCGUCCAACUACGACGAUGCUCCGAUCGAGGGGAUCAGGAGGAUUCUAGAGGAGUUUUCUGGUGAAAGAAUCCCCCGGUCGUCCAAGAUCCCAACCGGCAUGAUCGACUGGAUCCGGAUGGGCACCACGGUAGCCACGAACGCUCUUCUUGAGAGGAAGGGUGAGAGGAUCGCGCUCUGUGUCACCCGGGGCUUUAAGGACCUCCUUCAGAUUGGUAACCAGGCCCGGCCGAACAUAUUCGACCUCAAGGUCUUGAAGCCUUCGAAUCUGUAUGAGGAGGUGGUCGAGGUCGAUGAGCGGGUUGAACUUGUUCUUGAUGGUGAGAGGGAUGAUUCAUCUAUUGAAGGGAUCUCAGGGGAAUUGGUCAGGGUGCGGAAGUCAGUUGAUGUGGAGUCACUGAAGCCUUUACUUAAAGGUUUGCUUGACAAGGGUAUACGGUGUCUGGCGGUGGUGCUGAUGCAUUCUUAUACCUACCCCCAUCAUGAGCUCCUCAUCGAGAAACUAGCCCUGGAAAUGGGAUUCAAGCAUGUAUCUUUGUCUUCGUCAUUGACACCGAUGGUACGUGCAGUACCUCGGGGCCUUACAGCCAGUGUGGAUGCUUAUCUAACACCAGUCAUCAAAGAGUACCUAUCAGCAUUCAUGUCAAGAUUUGAAGGGGGAGCUGAACAAGUCAAUGUGCUGUUUAUGCAGUCAGAUGGUGGUCUUGCCCCGGAGAGCAGAUUCUCUGGGCACAAAGCAGUAUUAUCAGGCCCUGCAGGUGGUGUUGUUGGCUACUCACAGACCUUGUUUGAACUUGAGACAUCAAAGCCACUCAUUGGGUUUGACAUGGGAGGUACAUCCACCGACGUGAGCCGCUAUGAUGGAAGCUAUGAACAAGUUCUUGAGACCCAAAUUGCUGGGGCAAUCAUUCAAGCUCCCCAGCUUGACAUAAACACGGUGGCUGCUGGUGGUGGAUCAAAGCUUAAGUUUCAGUUCGGAGCCUUCAAGGUUGGGCCAGAAUCGGUUGGAGCACACCCUGGUCCAGUUUGCUACAGGAAAGGAGGUGAGCUGGCAAUUACCGAUGCCAACUUGAUCUUGGGGACCGUUAUUCCUGAGUACUUUCCAUCCAUAUUUGGUCCUAAUGAAAAUUUGCCCCUUGAUUAUGAGGCUACAAGAAAGGCAUUUGAGGAACUUGCUGUUGAGAUCAACUCUUACCGAAAGAGUCAGGACCCAUUAGUAAAGGGCAUGACAAUUGAGGAGAUUGCUCUCGGGUUUGUCAAUGUUGCAAACGAGGCAAUGUGCCGCCCGAUACGCCAGUUGACGGAAAUGAAGGGGCAUGAUACUAAAAACCAUGCACUAGCAUGCUUUGGUGGUGCAGGUCCUCAACAUGCAUGUGCAAUAGCAAGGUCCCUGGGCAUGUCUGAGUUACUUAUUCAUCGUUAUUGUGGCAUAUUGAGUGCAUACGGAAUGGGCCUUGCUGAUGUUAUUGAAGAUCUGCAAGAACCAUAUUCUGCUGUUUAUAACACAGAUUCUGCUGCAGAGGCAUCUCGAAGAGUAGCUCAUUUGGUAAAGCAGGUGAAAGAAAAACUAGUGGAGCAGGGAUUUGGAGAUGAGAGCAUCAGGACAGAUUCAUACUUGAACUUGAGGUACGAGGGGACUGAUACGGCAAUCAUGGUUAAAGAGCCCGAGAAAGAAUCUGGAUGUGAUUAUGCUGAUGAGUUUGUUAAACUGUUUCAACAAGAGUAUGGCUUCAAAUUGUUAAAUAGAAAGAUACUCAUAUGUGAUGUAAGAGUUCAGGGUGUUGGUGCCACCAACAUUUUGCAACCUCGUGAACUGACGCCAAUAUCAACUAAACCCUUGCAAGAAAGUUCAUGCAAAAUUUAUUUUUCGCAUGGAUGGCAAGAAACUCCACUAUACAAGCUUGAGAAUUUGGGUUAUGGACAUGUCUUGGAGGGCCCUGUGGUUAUUAUGAAUGGGAAUAGUACAGUGGUUGUAGAAAAAAACUGCAAGGCUGUCAUCACUAAGUAUGGCAACAUAAGAAUUGAGAUCGGUGCAUCUAUGAGUACUGUAGAAAUAUCAGAAACAGUAGCUGAUGUAGUUCAACUUUCUAUCUUUAAUCACCGAUUCAUGGGUAUUGCUGAACAGAUGGGUAGGACACUUCAAAGAACUUCCAUUUCUACAAACAUAAAGGAACGGCUGGACUUCUCUUGUGCUUUAUUUGGUUCAGAUGGUGGCCUUGUUGCAAAUGCCCCUCAUGUUCCUGUACAUUUGGGAGCCAUGUCUAGCACUGUAUGCUGGCAACUUAAUUAUUGGGGUGAUAACCUGCAUGAGGGUGAUGUUCUUGUUACAAACCAUCCAUGUUCUGGGGGUAGCCAUCUGCCAGAUAUCACUGUUGUCACACCAGUGUUCAAUGAUGGUAAGCUGAUCUUUUUUGUUGCUAGUAGAGGUCACCAUGCAGAGAUUGGAGGUAUCACGCCAGGAAGCAUGCCUCCUUUCUCAAAAUGCAUCUCAGAGGAAGGUGCUGCCAUCAAAGCGUUUAAACUUGUGGAAAGGGGUGUUUUUCAAGAGGAAGGAAUAGUUCAGUUGCUGCAGUCACCCUGUUCCGAUGAGCUCACCAAUGUAAAAAUUCCAGGAACUCGCAAGAUUGCGGACAAUCUUUCUGAUCUCCGUGCUCAGGUGGCAGCAAACCAACGAGGAAUAACACUUAUCAAAGAACUGAUAAAUCAGUAUGGCUUGAUCACUGUGAAGUCUUAUAUGAAUCACGUCCAAAAGAAUGCUGAGGUAGCUGUGAGAGAGAUGCUCAAGGUAGUCGCAUCUAGAGUUGAGAAGGAGACAGGGUCUUGUGUUAUUGAAGAUGAAGACUACAUGGAUGAUGGCUCCGUGCUCCAUUUGAAGCUCACCCUUGAUUCUCGUCGAGGUGAGGCUACCUUCAACUUUGAGGGCACCAGUCCUGAGGUGUAUGGUAACUGGAAUGCUCCUGAAGCAGUAACAGCAGCCGCUGUCAUAUACUCCCUGCGAUGCUUGGUGGAUGUAGAUAUACCCUUGAAUCAAGGUUGCCUAGCUCCUGUGAAGAUCAUCAUCCCCAAAGGCUCUUUUCUUUCACCAAGUGACAAGGCUGCAGUGGUUGGUGGUAAUGUGUUAACCUCUCAGAGGGUGACAGACGUUGUCCUAAUGGCAUUCGAAGCCUGUGCCUGCUCUCAGGGCUGCAUGAACAAUCUGACCUUUGGAGAUGACACUUUCGGUUACUAUGAGACCAUCGGAGGUGGCUGUGGCGCCGGGCCGACCUGGAAUGGUACAAGUGGUGUUCAGUGUCACAUGACAAACACAAGGAUGACUGAUCCAGAGAUCUUUGAGCAGCGAUAUCCCGUUCUUUUGCACAGAUUUAGCAUCAGAGACAGCAGCGGAGGCUCUGGUCUCCACCGAGGCGGUGAUGGCCUUGUAAGGGAGAUUGAAUUCCGCCGGCCUGUUGUUGUGAGCAUUCUUUCUGAGAGGCGGGUGCAUGCUCCCAGGGGACUGAAGGGAGGGGAAAAUGGAGCUCGUGGCGCAAACUAUCUAGUCAGGAAAGAUGGUCGCAGAGUUUACCUUGGAGGGAAGAAUACCGUCACAGUUAAUGCUGGUGAGGUUCUUCAGAUCCUCACUCCCGGUGGCGGCGGUUUCGGUUCUCCUUGAUGGCGUCCGUAAUCAUCUGCCUUGUUUUCUAUUUACACAGAAUAAAGCUUGCACAUACAUUAUCUGGUACAGGUCCCAGCUGUUAUCGAUGCUUCUGAGGCACUAGAGCUGAAUAAAUCGCGAUCAUUGCUUGCUUUUA